AUGGGUGGCCAGACGACCCCGGGCCGCCCACAACCUGAUGAGGAGAAGGGUUGGGCGGCUGAGUGUGGGAGAGUUCAUCACGCCACCUCCCACGUACACAGUUCAUCACGCCACCUCCCACGUACACAGUUCAUUACGCUACCUCCCACGUACACAGUUCAUACGCCACCCCACGUACCACAGUUCAUCACGCCACCUCCCACGUACCGUUCAUCACGCCACCUCCACGUACACAGUUCAUCCGCCACCUCCACGUACACAGUUCAUCACGCCACCUCCCGUACACAGUUCAUCACGCCACCUCCCAAGUACCAGUUCAUCACGCUACCUCCCACGUACACUGUUGAUCACACUACCUCUCCCGUACACAGUUCAUCACGCCACCUCCCACGUACACAGUUCAUCACGCCACCUCCCACGUACACAGUUCAUCACGCCCACCUCCCACGUACACAGUUCAUCACGCCACCUCCCACGUACACAGUUCAUCACGCUACCUCCCACACAGUAUCACGCCUCCCACGUACACAGUUCAUCACGCCACUCCCACGUACACAGUUCAUCACGCCACCUCCCACGUACAGUUCAUCACGCCACCUCCCACGUACACAGUUCAUCACGCUACCUCCGUACACAGUUCAUCACGCCACCUCCCACAUGCAUUCAUCACGCCACCUCCCACGCACACCUCACCACGGCGCACAGUUCAUCACGCCACCUCCCACGCUACACAGUUCAUCACGCCACCUCGCGCACGUACAUCCCACUUUUACAUGCACAGUUCAUCACGCUACACAGUUCCACCACACCUCCCACGUACACAGUUCAUCACGCUACCUCCCACGUACACAGUUCAUCACGCCACCUCCCACGUACACAGUUCAUCACGCUACCUCCCACGUACACAGUUCAUCACGCCACCUCCCACGUACACAGUUCAUCACGCCACCUCCCACGUACACAGUUCAUCACGCCACCUCCCACGUACACUACAUCAUCCCACUCACUUCGAAUAUAUAUCGAGAUGAAUCGUGA